CCACGGUCAACCUGUUAGUUAGUCAUGUGAGAACGGUAAAAACCGCUCGGCAGGAACUCUGGAAGAGCAGUUUCUCGGAAAUGGUAAUAAUGACGUAGUGGAACCUGCUCCUCGUUCCGGGCAAGGAUACAUGAUGCUCUGACGGUCGUCCCUUAGCUUCUUUGUUGGUUGUGUGGUUUGGUGCGAUGUUUGUUUGCUGGAUCUGCGUACGGUGCAACACGUCCACAAAGUUUACGAAAAUGCGUCAUUCGAACGAUUCCACGGACGAAACACUGUGAGAUUAUCAUCUGGGAACGGAAAGCCACGGAAUUACAAGAGAUCGCGACAACGAAAUACCGAUUUUACGUCGCCAUGCAGCGAUUUGAAACAAUUUCGCCAGGGUGGCAUGCUAAGAAGAUGGACAUGAGCUUGUUGCUAGUGAACGGGCUAUUGAUGAUGGGAUUCGUCGUGGCCACGAUGCCGGACGCUAUGGUGCUAGGAUCGGCGGGUUCGACUCUGGUCAUGGACCAGGACAUCCCCUCGAGGACUUGUAAAUACAGCAAAGCUUACUCGAUGCUACAGGUGCGCUGCGUGAACCUCGGCUUGCCUUACAUUCCUACCACUCUGAAGACGGACAUUCAGAUUCUAGACGCGUCUGGGAACAGGAUCCGCGAGGUGACCAACACCAGCCUGGCCGCGUACACGAACCUCGCGUACCUCUAUCUGGGCGACAACUUCAUCGGGGACAUUCACGAGGAGGCGUUUAGCAACCUGCGUUACCUGGAGGUGUUGGAUCUGUCGACGAACGGCUGCGACAAACUGCCCAGAAACCUCUACCAGCUGCCCUAUCUACGGAAGUUGUAUCUGUCCGGGAAUAUGCUUCGCGACGACGCAUUCACCGAGAUCGACGUGAUGUCGCCCCUGAAUUUCCUCCAAGUGUCGAAGAACAAGAUCUGCCGUAUUCCCCAACUGGGCCCGGUCCCGACUCUGAUGCAUCUGAACGUCUCGGGCAACUCGAUCACGUCGGUGACGCCCGACGAUCUGGCUCCAUUUUGCUCCCUAAAGGUGCUCGAUCUCUCCAGGAAUCCGAUCAAGUUCGAUCUGGCCGCCUGCGAGUGCCAGACGUUGAAUUCAUGGCUGAAGACUCGCGGUAUACGCGUGCUGCCGGUGUUCAAUUGCACCGACGAGCUGAAAAGCGGUUGCCCAUCGAACGCCGAGUUCAGUAACAGGACCAACGAGCUGUACGAUCGGUGCGCGGACAUCAUGCGGCUGAAGAUCGAGACGGAGAAGGCAAGGUACACCUGGAUCGUGGUCGCCAGUUGCAUCGCUGGUUUUCUCGUCUGUCUGUUCGUUGUGCUCUUCUGCGUGCACAAAGUGAAUAAACGCAGGAAGAAGAAGCUGAAGGAGAAGCAAAGAUUGAACGCUGCGAGCAACGGGAAUAACGCGAACACCGAGCUACUGAACAGCAAUCUGAGCCAACCGGAGAACACUUGAACAGGGACGGGACUCACCGAGGCCACUGAAUCGCGUCAGGUGCAAAGCGGACCUCUUUCGAGAACGAGCUUGUUUCGCGGGAAUAUCGCCGGAAGACUUCGCGGAAGCUUGUUCUCCUUGAAUGCAUUUUAUGGUGGGGAUGGGCAGAGGGCGCAAGGGAGAGAGAAAGAGAGAGAAUGAAAGUGAGUGUGUGUGUGAGAGAGAGAGGUAAUAAUCGAGUUGAAUGAAACUAAAAUUGCAGUUCACCUUUGAAAAUACAAUACUAUCUGUUCGACGAAAAUAACCAUCGUGUAGUCACCGAUAACGAUUAUAUGGGCCAGCUUUCGGCAAAGGAUUUCACGAAUUCCAAUCGAAACACUUAAUCUUCGAUCGGUAGUAAUCCCUCUCGCGCGUGAGCCAGCACUCGACCUCGAUAGUUCGAUCCCUCGUUCUGAUCACGUCGCGAUCGUCGGAUUCCCGGAAAUCAUUACACAAAGGUUGUACCCGUUUACUAUCGAUGAUUCGAUCGGACUGGAACGCGUUGUCGGUUACCCAUUCUGAUAGACUGCGCGCCCGUUUCCCCCGUAUUUUGAAACGCACUUGACGAAUCCUCUCCUCGUACGGGUGAGGUGGUCUAACUGCGUCUUUCUCGUCCGCGAAUCCACGGUGCUUGUAAUUGCAAUUACACGCAGGUUUACCACGGGGAAAUCGUAACGCCGCGUUUAAUUGCAAUUAGUAUCGUUGGAUCGACGCGCUUUAACCGCCCUCCAUAUCAUCCCACAUCCGCGGGUGUUGCACAACUUUCUGCAACGCGCGAAAACGGGAAUGACAAAUGGGAUUCGGU